AUGCAACGGCUCGGCUUUUUAGUAUUUUUGGUGAGAUUUAAAAAGGAUGAAAAAGGUUCAUAACUAAUAAUUAUAUGAAAAGCGUAAAAAAUAAAAAAUGUUUUUCGCAGCUUUUCAUCGGAAAAGUUUCAAGAUUAUUAUCACAAUUUAUUUUCAGUUGUUUAAUUUCUAUUGAAAGCUUUCUCCUAUAGCAUUAUAGUUGAAAAAGACUGAGAAGAUUCUUAUUUUCGUUUAAACAAAAAAUUAAUUUUAAUUUCAGCUCCUGUGCACAAUCCACUUUGUGAGCUCCCAAACACCGGAGCAAUGCUGUUUGAAUCUGAGUGAUUUAUUUUUCUAUUUUACAAAAAAUAAGGGCCUAAAAUUUUUUUUUCAUGGCGUUCACGAAAAAAAAUGUGAAAAAAUUCCAGUUAAAACAGGACUUUUUGAGGAGUUUUCAAACCUUGGCAAAGAGUUACUAUGUAGCACGAAAUUCGCGUUUUCCAGAGAAAAUAAGGAUUUUUGUAGUACAGGGUGCAGAAUAGGUAUCAGUCAACUCUGAACAAACUUUCCAAAAUUAUUAUUUCUGGUCUGACCUUCAAAAUCUUUAAAAAGGCCUCGGCUCUCUUUUCGGCUAAUUUCUCAAACCUUUCUUCAAAAAAUCAUUUUUUAGGUCUUCAAAUAUUUUCUUCAGGAAACGAUUGGGCGAUUUGGACGGAAUGGUCACAAUGUUCUUCUGAUUGCGGGUAUUGCGGUCGGAAGACACGGAAUCGGUUGUGCAAAUCUAAAAUAUAUCACGGAUGUGACUGGUGAGUUACUUUGUUCAAACUCCUAUUUUAAAAUAGAAGGCUUUGUUUUGUUCAAAAUAAUUGGUAUGAAAAAAAAUUUUCUGACACCUCGUUCCAAAUUUUUCUACUUUCACUGUUUUUUCAAAGAGAACGCUUAAGUGACCACCAAUGGAAAUAGAAAAAAAGAAAAAAAUAUAGAAAAAAAUAGAAAAAAAGGGAGAAUAGAAAAAAAUCCUAGUGACCACUGCAGGAGUAAUAGGAAGAAGCGGCAAAAUUCAUCUUCAAAGGAGAAAAUUUUUGAUUUUUACGAUGCUUUCUGCCUAUUUUUGAGCUUCAUCUACUACUUCACCGAGUUAAAAUCAAAAAUAGCCAUUUCUUGAAUAUCAAACCGUUCCGAGACCUUCCUAAGGAGUCAAAAUUUACAGUGACGGACCAGAAGAACACCGAGAAAUCUGUCCCGACAAAACGUGCUCGCCCGAUCAACCCUGCUGCAGGGGCUUCAGCAAUGGAACCAGCUGUCAAAUUAACUUGGUUUUAACUUUUCAAUAAUAUAAAGAAUUAUAAAGUUUCUCAGGACUGCCAAGUCAAGCCGCUGCCAGUAGAGAACAGGCCACCAACAACUAUCUCUACGACUCCAAAGUCUUCAGGCUGCUGA